AUGCCUUUCCGGGCAGUAGCUAUUCCCGGCCCUUUCUCCAAGCUCACAAACCGAGGCCCAUUGUCGCUCUGGGGCUGGCAGGUGGAAUCCAGGUCUGCUUUCGGACUCCUGACAUCCUGCCCUGCCCACCAUGGGGUGGGGCUGGAGAAACCCAGGGGGACCGUCCCCUGUGGGAGGGUGGGACCAGCGUUCCUGAGGCCGAGGUGCGCAGGCACCGGGAGCCUGGCCGCAGCUGUGGAGACGGCCUCGGGGCGUCAGGCCCUGGUGGUGGGCAAGCCCAGCCCCUACAUGUUUGAGUGCAUCACCGAGCACUUCCGUGUGGACCCCGCCCGCAUGCUCAUGGUGGGCGACCGCCUGGAGACUGACAUCCUCUUCGGCCACCGCUGUGGCAUGACCACUGUGCUCACACUCACGGGCGUGUCCCGCCUGGAGGAGGCCCAGGCCUACCUGGCAGCCGGCCAGCACGACCUUGUGCCACAUUACUACGUGGAGAGUGUCGCAGACUUGAUGGGGGCGCUGGAGGACUGAACCCGCCUGACCUGCAGCCACAGCCCAGCCUCCCGACUCCCCGGUCCUGUAGAUGGAAGUGAUGGGUCGUGAGUCUCGUUCGCCCCGGUUUGGGGGCCCUGGUGGAGCUGCCACGCAGGAAGGUGUGAAGACCUUUGUGCCCCCUCCCAGCAGUGGCUGGGCGCUCUGUGUUCCAGAAGCUGUCCCUGCAGCUUGGAGUUUCAGCCUGGCCUGACCCAGCCAGGUGGCCCUUCUUCCUGCCUUGUUACCUCCCCUCCCUGAAUAUGAGUCUUGAUGCCAACUGAAGAUUUUCCCCUGGCCUGGGCCCUUGGUCACCUCCACUCCCUGGGAACUCCUGAGUCCUGCCUACCCCUGGGUCCUGGCCUUUGGCUUCCUCUUGGCCUUUUGGAGGUUGAGGUGGCCACACACUGUUACUGUCUUGAGUGGACCACUCGAGGCUAAGUGGCAGUGGCUCGCUGAGGCCAAAUCCUGAAUGGACCAAUGAGGAGCUAAGGAACAACGACCCUUGCAUGUCCUAGGUCCUGGGUAGACCUAUCUGGACAUCAAGUAAUGCUGAACCACUGGUCUCUUAGAUCCUAGAAAGAACAAUUUCAGGAGUCCGAGAGACAGUGGCCUCUUGACAAUCCAGGUCCCAUUAGAUCAGCCAGGGUUGAUUUCAGUCAAUACGUAAGGCACCGGGUGUGGAGACCUCUUCCCGGGAGAUUAUGACCCAGCUCACUCAGUGGCCCUGGGGCUGCUGGGGCUGAGAGCCCUCCCUCCCUCAUCCCAUCCAGGGUUGGCAGCCACUGCUCCGAAAGGGACUUUGGGAUCCCCGUGUAGCCAGUGUUUGCCGUGCCACCUCCCCACCCUCCGUGCCCACUCCCAGCUAUUUGUUUAUUUAUUACUGUGUGCCAGUGAUGUGAGGGUGGGGGCUGGGCCUCCUCGCCCCUCCACCUGCUGUUACCAGUCCUCCGUACUUAAUAAAGCGCGAGUGGGAGUGUACCGCGUCCCCGAGUCUGUGGCCAGGGCGGGGGAGCCCCUGCGGCACCUGCGGUCCCUAGAACCAGCCACCUCGAGGCCUGCCCCACGUGACGCAGUCCAGCUCGCUUCUUGGUACACAGGACACAGUAUCUCGGGUGUACUUCAUACGCCGCCGGGCCUCACCUACCAGCUCGCUUAGUCCUCUGGAAAACCCAGUAAGUGUCUCUUACUCAUCCUGUCUUGUGCAGUCUGAUCAAGAGAUAGCAGCAGGUGUUGUGUUUAACAUUUUUUAUUACCAUAAAAGACGUUGCCAUUCAUCACCCUCAAAAUCCUCACCACACUUACCCCAUCAUUCUUUGCUCUUUCUAAAGCAGAAGUCCUCUUCCGUGAGUGUCAUUAGUUGCAUGCUUCUGG